AUGGAUCACCAUGAGGAUGAAAGUAACAGCAAACAAGACGAUGAGGAAGCUGUUGCUCGCCUUGAGGAAAUUAAAAAAUCUGUUGAGGCAAAGAUGGCUUUACGUCAAAGCAAUUUGAAUCUGGAAAGGCCUGCUCAAACGGGUGGUUCUAUCAACUCAGGAGAAGAUGAAAAUGACUCGGGAUUUUUAAGGACAUUGGAUUCCAGCAUCAAGCGGAACACUGCUGUUAUUAAGAAGCUGAAGCAGAUCAAUGAGGAGCAGCGUGAAGCUCUGAUGGAUGAGUUGAGAAGUGUCAACUUAAGCAAAUUUGUCAGUGAAGCCGUGACUGCAAUAUGUGAUGCCAAACUUAGAAGUUCUGAUAUACAAGCUGCAGUUCAGGGUAAGCUGUACAAGGACUUUGCACCAAGCCUGAUUCAAGGGCUUCUCAAAGUCUUCUCUCCUGGAAAAACUGGUGAUGAAUCAGAAGCAGACAGAAACUUGAAGGCAAUGAAGAAGCGCAGCACUCUGAAACUUCUAUUGGAACUUUUUUUUGUUGGAGUAAUUGAAGAUGGUGGCAUUUUUAUAAAUAUCAUAAAGGAUCUUACCAAUGGGGAUCAGCUGAAAGAUAGGGAUGCUGCACAAACGAGUUUGACCCUUCUUUCUAGUUUUGCUCGUCAAGGGAGAAUUUUUCUUGGACUUUCUGUUAGUGGGCCAGAAAUUCAUGAAGAGUUUUUUAAAGGCCUUAACAUCACAGCGGAUCAGAAGAAAGUUUUCCGGAAAGCAUGCUAUUCCUUUUAUGAUGCUGCAGCCGAACUACUUCAGUCUGAGCAUUCUUCACUUCGAUUGAUGGAGCAUGAAAAUUCUAAGAUUUUGAAUGCAAAAGGAGAGCUCAGCGAUGAAAAUAUUGCUUCAUAUGAAAAGCUCCGUAAAUCCUAUGACCAUUUGUACAGAAAUGUCUCUUCAUUAGCAGAAGCACUUGAUAUGCAGCCUCCUGUAAUGCCAGAGGAUGGCCAUACAACUAGGGUUACCAGUGGCGAGGAGGGUAUUUCUUCUGCUUCUGGUAAAGAUUCUUCUGUUGUUGAACCCAUAUGGGAUGAUGAAGAUACAAGGACUUUCUACGAAUGUUUACCUGAUCUUAGAGCGUUUGUUCCUGCUGUGCUUUUGGGAGAAACAGAGCCAAAAAGCAGUGAGCAAUCUGCAAAGAGUCAAGAUCAACCAACUGAAAUAUUACCUGAAUCAGACAAAGGUCAGCAGACCACCCAUGAAAGUGGAGAGGUCUCUACAGAGUCCAAUGCUUUGCCAGAGGCAGAAACAACAGACAGAGUGAAGGAUAAGGAGGAAAAAGACAAGUCUAAAGAAUUGGACAGAGAGAAGGAAAAAGAAAAAGAUAAUGAUAAAAAGGGAGAAAAUGAAAAAGACAAACUUAGAAGUCUUGAGGGAACAAAUUUGGAUGCUCUACUGCAGAGGCUUCCGGGUUGUGUGAGCCGGGACCUUAUAGAUCAAUUAACUGUUGAGUUCUGUUAUCUAAACUCAAAAUCAAAUCGGAAAAAGCUUGUGAGGGCUUUGUUCAAUGUGCCAAGGACAUCACUGGAACUGCUACCAUAUUAUUCACGCAUGGUUGCCACGCUCUCAACUUGUAUGAAGGAUGUCUCCUCCAUUCUGUUACAGAUGUUGGAGGAGGAAUUCAAUUUCCUAAUAAAUAAAAAGGAUCAGAUGAACAUUGAGACAAAGAUAAGGAACAUCAGGUUCAUUGGAGAACUUUGCAAGUUCAAAAUUGCCCCUCCUGGCUUAGUCUUCAGUUGUUUGAAGGUAUUGAUAAGUUGUCAGAACCCCAACCUGCGAGCAGUGGCGACUUGUGUGAGUAGCAGCAACUUCCACGACAACUUCAACAAUGAGCAGCACGACAACGAGCAGUGCAACUUGUGCAGCAAUAACAAUGAUGACCAAUACAGUGCAGCGGCCUGUUUAGAUGAUUUUACACAUCACAACAUUGAUGUAGCUUGCAAUCUUCUUGAAACAUGUGGCCGUUUUCUGUAUCGAUCUCCAGAAACCACUAUACGAAUGGCUAACAUGUUGGAAAUACUGAUGCGAUUGAAAAAUGUAAAAAAUUUAGAUCCGAGACAUAGCACUUUAGUGGAGAAUGCAUAUUACCUUUGCAAACCACCAGAAAGAUCUGCACGAGUGGCUAAAGUUCGACCACCAUUGCAUCAGUAUAUCAGAAAAUUACUUUUCUCUGAUCUUGACAAGUCUACCAUUGAGCAUGUGCUGAGGCAACUGCGUAAAUUACCAUGGAAUGAAUGUGAGCCAUAUCUUUUGAAAUGCUUCAUGAAGGUCUACAAAGGCAAAUAUGGUCAGAUCCACCUGGUUGCAUCUCUUGCUGCUGGAUUAAGUCGCUAUCAUGAUGAGUUUGCUGUAGCUAUUGUUGACGAGGUUCUGGAGGAGAUUAGAGUUGGGCUGGAGUUAAAUGACUACGGGAUGCAGCAAAGACGCAUUGCUUACAUGCGUUUCUUAGGGGAACUUUACAACUAUGAGCAUGUAGACUCUUCUGUUAUUUUUGAGACAUUAUAUCUCAUUCUCAUCUAUGGCCACGGGACAUCAGAGCCUUCGGGUGACAUUAUGGAAUUUGUUCAUGAAUCUUGUCAGCAAGAUGUACUUGACCCACCUGAAGAUUGUUUUCGCAUAAGGUUGAUCAUUACUCUGCUGGAAACUUGCGGGCAUUACUUUGAUCGUGGUUCUUCUAAGAGGAAACUCGAUCGGUUCCUAAUACACUUCCAGAGGUAUAUUUUAAGCAAAGGGGCACUGCCUCUGGACAUCGAAUUUGACUUACAGUUUACUUCCAAAUUGAUGUGGGCUACUAAUGCUGUAGAUAUGGGAUUGUUUCUUGAGUGGUCUUAUGAGCCACAUUAUGUCUUUGGAAAUUGCAGCUUAUAUAAUAUAACAUCUGGAUAUUGA